UCAGUCUUCAUUGACAUUCUUACGAACGACAGCCACUACCGUUUUAAGAGUUCUUAUUUCAAGUUAUUGAGCGAUAUUUGUCAAAGUUCCUUUUACCUGUUUAAGUUUAUAUUUCGCUGCCUAUUUGAAAAAUGUUGUCUUCGAGAUCACAAAACGUGUCUUCUACUGAAAAUGUCUCAAGAACCUUGAAAAAUACGAAGAUUUCUGAUGAAAAUAUGGAGAAUUCGUACAAAGUGAUGGAAACCAAAAUGCUUGCAAGAAACACUGGCAAAAGAAUUCUGGGAGAAGUUCAGAAUACAACAGCACUCACAUUAUCACCACAGAAGAAUAAGUCGAAACAAGUGCAAAAACCAAAGGCUCGGUUUGACAAAGAGAAGGAGCCUUUACUUCGUGACAACCCUCGCCGUUUUGUUAUCUUUCCAAUCGAAUACCAUGACAUCUGGAAAAUGUACAAGAAAGCUGAAGCAUCAUUCUGGACAGCUGAAGAGGUUGACCUUUCCAAAGACAUGGUUCACUGGGCAGGUUUGAAACCAAAUGAAAGGAAAUUCAUUUCUCAUGUUCUGGCUUUCUUCGCCGCUUCAGAUGGAAUUGUCAAUGAGAAUUUGGUUGAGAGAUUUGCACAAGAAGUCCAGGUCACUGAAGCAAGAUUUUUCUACGGAUUCCAAAUAGCGAUUGAAAAUAUUCAUUCUGAAAUGUAUUCUUUAUUGAUCAACACUUAUAUCAGAGAUCCUAAAGAAAGAAACUACCUUUUUAAUGCAAUUGAAACUAUGCCUUGCGUUCGUGAGAAAGCUGACUGGGCUUUGAAUUGGAUCAACGACCAAAAUUCAACGUUUGGUGAACGUGUCAUCGCUUUCGCUUCCGUCGAAGGAAUAUUCUUCAGUGGUUCCUUUGCUGCCAUCUUCUGGCUGAAGAAACGAGGACUUAUGCCUGGAUUAACAUUCUCUAAUGAACUAAUUAGCAGAGAUGAGGGCCUACACUGUGAUUUUGCUUGCCUCAUGUACAAACAUCUCGUCCAGAAGCCAAGUCAGGAACGAGUCACCAUGAUUAUUAAAGAUGCCGUGGCUAUUGAACAGAAAUUCUUGACGGAAGCUCUCCCAGUUGCACUUAUUGGAAUGAAUAACACCCUCAUGAAGCAAUACAUUGAAUUUGUUGCCGAUAGACUGCUGGUUGCAUUGGAAUGUCCUAAGGUUUACAAUGUUGAAAAUCCAUUCGAUUUCAUGGAGCUCAUUUCACUAGAAGGAAAGACAAAUUUCUUCGAGAAAAGAGUUGGCGAAUACCAGAAGGCCGGCGUAAUGUCUAAUUCAGAGGAUAUGAAAUUUACUUUAGAGGCAGAUUUUUAGAUUUUAGAAAAUUAUUUUCAUUUUAUCAUAAAAUGUUGCUUUUAAUGUUUUAGUAUUGAAAUGCAAUUCAUGUUUUUAGCUGCUGUAAGCUAAUUUUAUUUUAAUAUUCAAAUGGGUUUUUAAAGUGAAUUGCUAAUUUCUGGUCAUUGCUACUGCCACUGCAUAAGUAUCCCAAACAGCUUGGGAAGUACCAAAAUUUGAAAAAAGUCUCCUGGAGAACGUUUACUCCCAAACGUUCAUCAAGAUUCCCUGUUAUUCAAGUUCGGGAUACCCCCAAUAUUAACAACACUGAAGUUUGGGGUUCCUGGAGUAAUUGGACUUUGUGGCUUUUGAAAUGUACCAAGGCAGAUUUCAAAUCUUGUGUGUUGGUAUUUUGCCGACCAGGCGAAACUAAUUCAAACCUAUCCAAGAACUAUUAAUAACAUGAUUACCAUGAAGAUACCUCUUAAAUACUGCCCAUCUCUCUCAAAAUAUAGAUACUUUAGUAGCGUUUUGGAAUAGCAGCAACUUUUAAAACUUGUCUUUAUCUAAUGUUUCUUUUUUAUUCUGUUCUUUUUAUUGUUCUGUUUCUGUUUUUAUUAUUUAUGCUUUCAAGUAUUGUGCACAAGUAAUAUAACGAAUUAUGAAAGUAUUUAA